CAGAAUGAGGAGAAAAAACUUCGGCAAUUGCAGAGUCAAUUAUCCCAAAUAAAGAAUGACCUUGAUAAGCCGGAAAAUCAAACUAAAAAAACUGAAUUUUUGACUCAAAUAACGGAAGUAGAAAAUGAACUAAGUAAUAUUAACGGCAAAAAUCAUCAAGAACUAGAAAAGGUAAUCCAAAAAUUAGAGCAGGAAAUUAAAGAAAUUAAGGAGGGGUUGGAAAAUGCCCCAAAUCCACCUCCGAAUGAUACACCUGACAACAAUAAUCCGCCAGCACCUGAUAAUUCUAACCCCAACCAAAAUAAAUCGGUAGAGUAUGUUGCCACAAAAAUAAAUGACGAUACAUUUAAAUAUCAUUUUGUUGCUACUGAAUGCCCGCCAGUAUCCCAGAAAACCCUCGAUAAGCCUUUUGAAUUUGUGGUGAUAAAGAGUGAAGCGCUAAAUAAUAUUAGCCAAGAUUUUUCUGCUUUCAUUCCCCAUCUUACUCCAAAUGCCAGAGUCCGAAAUAUCGAAAAACUUUUGGCUACUAGUUUUCCUAAUAACCAACAACCAAGCGAUGCAAUUCUUGUUGUUCCCGCCCUUAAACGACAGGUUGAAGAUAGCACGAAAAUGCUUGAUUUCAAAAAUAUCACCCAAUUUACCAAAAAUGCCCCCGAGGAACAGCAACAAGCACUUUGA